AUGCAACGUCAAGGAUGCCAACUGCCGGGAAACCUCAAAGAAGAAGAAGAAGAAGAAGAAGAAAGGUUUCGGGAAGAACAGGAGGGAGGGGACUCCGGAGUGAGUAGCAAUCCGACAGCGAGCAUGACCGACGCUGAGGCGCAGAGCGCUCCACCAUCGGCACCUGUGGAAGACGAGCCACAGCCGGAGAGGAAAGUCAUAGCCACCUUGGUCCAAGGAACUGUGAAGUGGUUCAAUGUGCGUAAUGGAUAUGGCUUCAUAAACAGGAAUGAUACCAAAGAAGAUGUGUUUGUUCAUCAGACUGCGAUCAAGAAGAACAAUCCUAGGAAAUUCCUCCGCAGUGUUGGAGACGGGGAGGUCGUAGAGUUUGAUGUGAUUGAAGCCGCCAAGGGCUCGGAAGCAGCCAAUGUAACUGGUCCAGGCGGUGUUCCAGUCAAAGGCAGUCGUUACGCACCCAACAAACGCCGCUUCCGUCGACGGUUCUUCCCCCGCAGCCCAAGGCCUGGUGACGAGAGCAAACCAGCUGAUGGCCAGUCCUCUGCUGUUGAGGGUGAGGGGUCAGAGAACGAUGGAGCAAGACCUCAGCAGCGCCGCCGUAGGCCCCGCAGACCACGGCAGGAAGCACAAGAUGUUGAGGCUGGAGAGCAAAAGAACGGAUUGGCAGAGGGGGACCAAACGCAGCGACCGCCACAGCGCAGAUUCUGGCGCCCGUACCGCAGACCGUUCCGUCCUCGGCCACCUCCUGAGCAGGCUGCAGACGGCCAGCAGGCUGCAGACAGUCAGCAGGCUGCUGACGGCCAGCAGGCUGCUCCGGAAGAGAGCCGGGAGCAAGGCGAAGUGAAGCAGACCGAGGCCUCUGAGAGCCCCCAGACCAACGGAGAAGGAGCUGAGGGCCAGAAACCACAACGCCGCCAGUCUAGACGGCGCAGGCAAAAGAACUCCGAGUCCUCUACCUCGAAGAAUGAUACAGAGAAGUCUGCAUCAGAGCCUGGUACCCCUCCACAGACCUCCAAACCAGCUGACCUUAAAUCCACAUCAAAAUCUCCAAAGGCCUCCCCCAAAACCUCUCCCAAAACAGCAAAAUCACCUGAGCAGGCAGCUGCCACAACAGUCCCAGCACCAGCAGAGUGACGUUAGUGAGAGGACAGUCUCGUGACCCUUGGUCCUAGGGUUGGAGGGCUGGACCUAUUUCAGAACACAUGCACUGCUCUCCCCUCCCUGCACUGCCCUAUCCUCCAACCCACCCUGUGUCGCUGUCAUCCCUCAGGCCCCCUCCCCUCUCAUCUUGUCUUGUGUUGUCCUGUCUAGACAAUGACUUUGAAAAGAGGGAUGAGCUAGGGAAAUGGGGAAUACAAGUGGGUGCAUAUUUAGAAGCUGAUGCAUCUUUAAAAAAAAAAAAAAGGGGGGGGGAAAAUGGACAAUCUGCUUGGUAGCCCAGUUAUUCCAACCCCCCCUUUGAAAAUGAUUUUUCUUUAAUUGCCUAGAUGGGACACAUCAAGUAGUUUAUUGAGGAACCAGCCUUGAUUUUUAUUUAACUUGUUUUAAAUUUGGUUGAAGAGGGGAAAACCAAGCAGGUUUGAGGUUGGUGGUGCAUUAUGGGAGUCAGUUUAGUUCUGUUACCACCUCUUAAAACAUACUAUUCCGUUCAUCUCCUCAGUUAAGGAUAGAUUGAAAGGAAACUUUUUUUUUUAGUUAUUUGUAUGUGUGCUUUUCUUUUGGAGGGGAUUAUGUGCAAUGUCAGUAGUUCAAAUGCUAAUUAAAAAAAAUCAUGUUUGCAAAUCUCA